GCCUCGCACCUCACCACCACGACGAACCCUUAUCCCCGAGCCACUCGCAUAAACCCUAUCCGGCGAUGUCGGCGACGGCGGCCAUCCGCUCUGGCGAGCUCCUCGCGUGCCCCGUCGCGCUGCGGCGGCGGCCGCCCGUGGCGGUGGCGGUGGUAAGGAUGAGGGGGACUGCGGCGAGGGCGGCCGUGGCGGUGAGGGCGGCGGCGGCGGCGGAGGGGGCGGAGGCCGGGGGCAAGGGGAAGGGGAAGAAGAGGACUGCGAGCGGGAUCACGAAGCCGAAGCCGAUCUCUCCGGAGCUGCGGGAGUUCGUCGGCGGCGCGGAGGAGCUGCCCAGGACGGAGGCGAUCAAGAUGGUCUGGGCGCACAUCAAGGGCAACAACCUCCAGGAUCCGAAUAACAAGAAGAUAAUUGUCUGCGACGAUAAGCUCAAGAAGAUUUUUGGAGGACGUGACCGUGUUGGAUUUCUUGAAAUCUCUGGGCUGCUCAAUCCUCACUUCCAGAAAUGACAGGAUCUAUGUAGAUCAUGCUUUUUUGUACUAGCUGUGACUGUUGUGUCGUUAUAUUUAGCUGAACCUGGUUUAAAGGGCCCCUUAAUGCUAGUUUAAUAAUGGCAAAUGUGUUCUCUGAA